CUGGGAUGAGCGGUGGGAGAGCGCGAGAACAAUGUAUAACCUCAAAUUAUUGGUUGCACAAUUCACCAGUCAUACUUUAUAUUAUUAAAUGAGGCGACAGAAGUGGGAGCAUCCAUAUCUAUCGUCAUGCCUGAUGUAUAAAUUUCUGUUACUUUCCGUUGAGACGUCGCCGAGGGAUUUCCAGCUGAACUGAAUCUCACUCCAGAAUGGCUUUCCUUACACGAGUGAUAAAGGCCGAGGCGUCCUUCGUGAGGUCUUAUGUCAGUGCAGCUCCUACCGUGAAUAUGUAUUUAGACGGACAGUUCGUAAAAUCAGAAGCCACAGAAUUCACAGACGUUCAUGAUCCAGCAACCAACGAACUCAUCGCUCGCACUCCGAAAUCAACGAAGAAGGAAAUGGAGAGAGCAGUGGCAAGUGCAAAACAGGCCUAUGAAAAGUGGCGUAAUUCUAGUGUUUUAACGAGACAGGGAUUGAUGCUAAAGUAUCAAGCACUUAUUCGGGAACACUUUCACGAAAUAGCUUCGAAUUUGGUGAAGGAAAAUGGCAAAACCAUGGCCGAUGCUGAAGGAGAUGUUCUCCGCGGUCUUCAGGUAGUGGAUUAUUGUGCGGCAAUUCCUACUCUUCAAAUGGGAGAAUCUACACCUGAUAUUGCUACAGAUAUGGACAUCAUCUCCUACAGGAUACCUCUGGGUGUAACUGCGUCAAUCGCUCCAUUCAAUUUUCCAGCUAUGAUUCCACUCUGGUCUUUUCCAAUUUCUGUUGCCUGUGGAAAUGCUGCAAUUUUGAAACCUUCUGAAAGAGUUCCAGGAGCUUCUAUGAUCCUGGCUGACUUAUUCACCAAAGCUGGAGCGCCUCCAGGUCUUCUAAAUAUUAUUCAUGGACAGCAUGAAGCUGUAGACUUCAUAUGUGAACAUUCCGAUAUAAAAGCCGUGUCUUUUGUUGGCUCUGAUCCUGCUGGGAAACACAUUUAUAAAAAGGCAUCAGCUCAUGGAAAGCGUGUUCAAUGCAACAUGGCAGCUAAAAAUCACUGUGUAGUAAUGCCAGAUGCCAAUAAGAACAAAACAAUUUCUCAAAUUGUUGGCGCAGCAUUUGGUGCAGCAGGUCAACGCUGUAUGGCUCUCUCAGUCGCUGUAUUCGUAGGAAAAUCGAAGCACUGGAUUCCUGAGAUCGUCAAAGCAGCUGAAAUGCUCAAAGUUAACGCUGGACACGUUCCUCACACAGAUUUGGGUCCUGUGAUAUCACCACAGUCCAAACAGAGAAUUCUGGAGCUUGUUGAUUCUGGAAUUAAGGAUGGCGCUAAAAUUGAUCUCGAUGGACGUCAAAUUGUCGUACCAGGCUAUGAAAAGGGAAAUUUUGUUGGACCAACUGUAUUAUCUGACGUUCAGACUCAUAUGAGAUGUUACACCGAGGAAAUAUUCGGCCCUGUUCUUCUUUGUAUGUUUGCUCCAACCUUAGACGAUGCUAUCUCCAUUAUAAAUAGAAAUCCCUACGGAAACGGGAGUGCAAUAUUCACAACAAAUGGUGCAACAGCAAGAAGUUACAUUCAUAGGAUUGAAACAGGUCAAGUAGGCGUCAACGUACCCAUUCCAGUUCCCUUGCCCAUGUUCAGCUUCACAGGGAAUAAAGGCUCGUUUUUAGGGGAUAAUCAUUUCUACGGAAAACACGGAAUUAACUUCCAUACACAGACUAAGACCAUUACACAGUUAUGGAGAGCUGUAGACGCAACAGACAUCGCAUCGUCAACAGCAAUGCCGACGAUGCAAUGAAAAAAUAUGAAAUCUAAAACAUUCUCUGGUUGUCGUCAGUAAAAUACACUGUCAAACACGAUACUUAUGUAAAUGGAAGAAACAAGAACGAAGAAAUGAAAUACAUCCUCAGGAAUCAAU